UACAACAACGAAUAUUUUUUUGCACCAGUUGUGUUCAUACAUAAUUUACUUGAUGUAAAUGACUAAACAGUGCAUAACUGUUGACAAAGACUAACACAUAGACGAAUGAUGACCAUGACGAUGAUAGAAGUUGGUGCAAAGCUUAGAUAUUGUGGCAGAGCAAUUUCAACAAUGCUGCUCUGUGUGUCAUCAGCGUCCACAACACACCAUAGACGUUGUUUUUCAUUGACAAGUCGUGUGUCAAAAUCUGUAACAGAUCAGGGGAAGAAAUUGUUCACACCUGGUCCAUUGGGAACAUCAAAAACGGUUAGGGAGGCUGCGCUCCCUGAUUUAGGAUCAAGAGAUGUUGUGUUUAUAGAAAAAGUGAAACACCUACGGUCCAGACUUGUCCAAAUUGCUGGUGUAAGAGAGGAGGACUUUACUACUGUUCCAAUCCAAGGGAGUGGAACAUUUGCUGUGGAAGCUGUUUUUCAAACAGGUGUUCCUCGUACAGGUGGCAAGGUAUUGUUACUAGAGAAUGGAGCAUAUGGUAAGAGGAUGGCCAAGAUAUGCGAGUACAUAGGUAUACCUUACCAUCAAGAAAGUUUUCCGGAGAACCAGAAAGUGGAUGUGAGCAGAGUGGCAGACAUACUAAGAGCAGACAACUCCUUCACAUUAGUCAGUGUUGUCCAUUGUGAGACAAGCUCUGGUGUUAUCAACCCUGUGGUAGAGGUUGGGGCUGUUGUCAAGGACAUAAUACCAGAUUGUGUGUACUUUGUGGAUGCCAUGAGUAGCUUUGGUGCUGUGCCACUAGACAUGACAGCUGGCUCUGUAGACUUCAUGGUCAGCUCUGCCAACAAAUGUCUACAGGGCAUUCCAGGUUUCUCCUACACUAUUGCCAGGAAACAGGCACUGGAGAAAUGUAAAGGCAACUCUCGGAGUUUGAGCUUGGACCUAUAUGAUCAGUACCAAGGACUGGAAAGUACUGGCCAGUUCCGAUUUACCCCAGCCACUCACACCAUGCUGGCAUUCUGUCAGGCUUUGGAGGAGUUUGACCAGGAAGGAGGACUCCAAGGACGAGCUGCUAGAUAUAUGGAUAAUCGUAGGAUACUCAGAGAGGGUAUGAAAAAGCUUGGGUUUACAGAAUUCUUAGAUGCCAGUCACGAUGGAUACAUAAUCACCUCCUACAAAUUCCCUAAUCAUCCAAACUUUGACUUCCAUACAUUUUACAGUAAACUAAAUGAGAAAGAUCAGGUGAUAUACCCUGGAAAAGUGUUGAAUGCAGAUUGUUUUCGGAUAGGUAACAUAGGUGACUUGUAUCCCAAGGAUAUGUCCCACCUCUUGGUGUGUAUAGAAAAGGUUUGUGAGGAAAUGGAUAUCCCCCUACCAAUCCAAGACUGAUGAUCGAUGUCAUGUUACCUUAAAAGCUGAUGAUGGGGUGUCAACUUCCUCUCUAUAGUUGAUGAUGGGGGGGUGUCAACUUCUUCUCUAUAGUUGAUGAUGGGGGGUGUCAACUUCCUCUCUAUAGUUGAUGAUGGUUGGAGUCACCUCCUCUCUAUAGCUGAUGAUGGUAGGUGUCACCUCCUCUCUAUAGCUAAUGAUUGUAGGAGUCACCUCCUCUCUAUAGCUGAUGAUGGUAGGUGUCACCCUCCUCUCUAUAGCUGGUGAUGAUAGGAGUCACAUCCUCUCUAUAGCUGCUGAUGGUAGGUGUCACCUCCUCUCUAUAGCUGAUGACGGUAGGAGUCACCUCCUCUCUAUAGCUGAUGAUGGUAGGUGUCACCUCUUCUCUAAAGAUGAUGAUGUUAGGAGUCACCUCCUCUCUAUAGCUGAUGAUGGUAAGUGUCACCCUCCUCUCUAUAGCUGAUGAUGGUAGAUGUCACCCUCCUCUCUAUAGCUGAUGAUGGAAGGAGUCACCUCCUCUCUAUAGCUGAUGAUGUAUAGCUGGUGAUGGUAGGAGUCACAUCCGCUCUAUAGUUGCUGAUGGUAGGUGUCACAUCCUCUCUAUAGCUGAUGAUGGUAGGAGUCACCUUCUCUCUAUAGCUGAUGAUGGAAGGAGUCACCUCCUCUCUAUAGCUGAUGAUGUAUAGCUGGUGAUGGUAGGAGUCACAUCUGCUCUAUAGCUGCUGAUGGUAGGUGUCACAUCCUCUCUAUAGCUGAUGAUGGUAGGAGUCACCUCCUCUCUAUAGCUGAUGAUGUAUAGCUGGUGAUGGUAGGAGUCACAUCCGCUCUAUAGUUGCUGAUGGUAGGUGUCACAUCCUUUCUAUAGCUGAUGAUGGUAGGAGUCACCUCCUCUCUAUAGCUGAUGACGGAAGGAGUCACCUCCUCUCUAUAGCUGAUGAUGUAUAGCUGGUGAUGGUAGGAGUCAAAUCAGCUCUAUACUUGCUGAUGGUAGGUGUCACAUCCUCUCUAUAGCUGAUGAUGGUAGGAGUCACCUCCUCUCUAUAGCUGAUGAUGGUAGAUGUCACCCUCCUCUCUAUAGCUGAUGAUGGUAGAUG